UUUUUGUUUAUGCGUUUGCUUCCGUCAUCAUUUUGUAUUUCUUUUUUCGUGGCUAUACAAAACUUCAGUAACAAAUCUAUAACUGAUAAGUGAUAAUUUGCGCCAACUCAGCCGGCUUUGUAUUUUUAUCAGUGCCACUUUGCUACCACUUUCCCUCACUUCAUUUGUUACUAUCAAAAAGCUGUUAAAAAGUGUGUGCGUGGCUUACAUGUCAAUUAUAAAUUGAUAUUUGCAGACCUACCACAGAUACUGCCACGAACGAUGUUGCCAAAAAUUUGUAUACUUGGCAUAUUAUGCGCAGUUUUAACAUCGGCUUCCAAAUAUGACGAGAUCGAGUCAUGUCACUCCUUCGCUGGUGGCUCCGUGUAUCCUUCUGAAGGACCAAGAGGUGAUCACAAGCUACAGACUACCAAAGCAGUCAUAUCCAAACCAGCACCUGAUUUUGAAGCCACUGCUGUGGUAAAAGGCGAAUUCGUAAAACUAUCACUUGCUCAAUAUAAAGGAAAAUACCUAGUCUUACUUUUUUACCCAUUGGAUUUCACAUUUGUAUGUCCCACCGAAAUUAUUGCAUUUUCGGAUCGCAUCGAAGAAUUUCGAAAAAUCAAGGCAGACGUUGUGGCGGUUAGUGUCGAUUCCCACUUUACGCAUUUGGCAUGGAUCAACACACCCCGAAAAGAAGGAGGUCUUGGAUAUGUAAAGAUACCAUUACUUUCCGACUUGACGCAUAAGAUCAGCAGGGACUACGGCGUUUAUCUAGAAGAUUUGGGCCAUACCCUCCGUGGUCUCUUUAUCAUCGACCACCGCGGUAUUUUGCGACAAAUAACAAUGAACGAUUUGCCCGUUGGACGUUCGGUAGAUGAAACAAUUCGGCUGGUGCAAGCUUUCCAAUAUACCGAUACUCACGGAGAAGUGUGCCCUGCUGGAUGGAAGCCUGGCGCGGAUACGAUCGUCCCUGACCCAAAGGAGAAGUCAAAGUAUUUCCAGAAGAAUAACUAAAUUACAUAAAAGUAUCAUCUAUUCUACACUUUUUUCAUAUAUUUCUAUAUCAAAGGAUUGAUUUUUUUAUUUUCUCCAUUUUACAUAUUUACGAAUGUCCUCAUAGAAUCGGGACGUCAUUGGACAUAAUAAACAAAAAUUGUGCAGUACAACA